GUUUGAGAUGUGGUUUCUCGUGUUUCAGACCGAUUUCACGCUAGGUUGUUCUUGUUUGUGAUAUUUCAGGUCCUGGAAAGUGAAUGAAGGUUUAGGAGCAAGUUCGGGGUCGAUUGGGCGAAGAUCGGGCACGAGACAAGUCACAAAGGAGGUCACACGGGCACACCCACAACUCACACGGCCGUGCAAGUGACCACUUUGGCCGUGCGAGUUUCGCCGAGAGCAAACACGGGCAGAUGGAAAUCUCACACAGCCGUGCGACCCUGGCCGUGUGAGAAGCCUGAAGAUCGAACUAAUUGGAACGCAGCGUUUUGACUCACAUGGGCAACUGGGUAAGCCACACGGCCGUGCCACCCUGGCCGUGUGAGUCGGGAUUUUCUGCUUUUAAGCAGAUUUUCAGCCACAAGUCGAAGGGAUUCGAGUUUUUGAGAAAGAGAACGAUUCCUAGAGAGAGAAAGCGACGAACAAGAGUCUCCAAGUGCCCUAGCUUGAUCUUCAUCACCAUUGGAGGCCAGUUUGAGCUUGGAGAAGUGUCGAUCAACGUCCAGGAGCAGGAAUCCAUCCUUCACAGUAUGAAUUCCGCGUCUGAUUCUGCUUUUGCUUCUUUCUCCAUGGAGUAGUUCUCCCAUUCAUCUGGGUAUGGAGAACCCUAGAUUUGUAUGUUAGGCUUUGAUUGUAUGAACCCAAGUACUGAAUCUAUGAUUUGAUUAUAUUCAAUUGAGGUUUGAUUGAUUGAAUGACUUGAAUCCUGAUCAAAUUCCUGUUGUUUCUGCUUUGACCUAGAAUGAGAAUAUCUGCCUAGGUUGAUAGAGCAUCCUUGAUUGAAGGUAGGGAGUUGGUGACUUUAGUCGAGGAGCCAACUCACUAUUCUGUACCGGAUUUACUCCGGUAGUGGAGGUUUUGUUUGUUAAGGCCUCAAUCUGUUUACUCCGAUGGAGGUUAGUCGCCCGCUAGAGACUCAGAUUGAGAGGGUCUGAAGACCUUUAGUCGAGACUUCAGGCUGUUUAAGAACCUUCCGCAGUAUAACUAUCAUAGAAACUGAACUUGGUAAUUACAAUCCGGCUUAACUGCAGUCUAGGGGGAACCAUAUCCGGGUGACCUCUCUUAACCUGAAUACAACAAUUUACGUGCU